CUGCGCCGCUUCGCGUGGGACCCGGCGCCCGCCAAGCCGCUCGUGCUGUCGCUGCACGGGGGCAGCGGCACCGGCAAGACCCUGCUGAGCGCCGCGCUGCUCCGCGCCCUCUUCGCCGACGGCGCCCGCAACGCCCACGUGCACCGCUUCGCGCCCGCGCUGCACUUCCCGCACGGCCCCGAGCGCCUGCCGCGACACCAGGAAAAUCUAAAGAAUUGGAUCCAGGGGAACUUGACAAGCUGCGGCCGCUCGGUGUUCCUCUUUGACGAGAUGGAUAAGAUGUACCCGGGGCUCAUCGACGUCAUCAAGCCGUUCCUGGGGCCCUCAUGGGUUGUGUUUGGAACCAACUACCGCAAAGCCAUCUUCAUUUUCAUCAGCAAUGCGGGAGAGGAGCAGAUCAAUCAGAUGGCGCUGGAACUGUGGCGUGCCCGCAAGGACCCAGAGGAGAUCAACCUGCCGGAGCUGGAAUUUGCCAUUUCCAAAGCUGUGUUUGAAAAUCCGGACAAUGGGUUCUGGAAGUCUGAAAUCAUCCAGGAGCAGCUCAUUGAUGUCUUCGUGCCUUUCUUCCCACUGAGGCGGCACCACGUGAAGCAGUGCGUGGUGAACGAGCUGGCCCAGCUGGGCUUGGAGGAAUCACCGGCAGUGGUGCAGGAAGUGUCCGACAGCAUGUCCUACUUCCCCGAGGAAGAGCAGGUCUUCUCAUCCACUGGCUGCAAAACUGUGGCCUCGCGCAUCAACUUCUUCCUCUAACGCAAGGACUGUCCUGCCAAGGGAGUGUGCAGUGGCUCCAGGUCAUUGGCUGGUAGGAAGUCUGCUUGCCCCUUGGCUCCAACUCCCCGGAGGUAACCUGGAGCAGCUGCUGGGCCCAGUAACAUAAGGAUGGGCCCAGAGCGCAGACAGCACAACUGAUGCAAGCACUACCAGCUGUGCGCAUCCCUCUUCCACCAGCCCCGCGGAGCCAGAUGGGGGGAGCAAAAGGCAAAUGACUUGACCUACAGCACUUUAUCAGCUGAUUCUUUGCCCUGGAAGGCAAUGACAGACUGGCCAGGUAUGCUCAUGAUGUGCUCGAAGGGGUGCGCUGCAAGAACUAGGAAGGCGCUUUCAUGGCUGCCACCUUUCUUCCAGAGCUAGGACCAGGCAGCCUGCCCUCCUGGUCAAUCCUAGCCCAGCUGUGCUGGGCUGCAGGGAAAGGAGUCCUGCCCUUCUGUGGUUUUUAAUGGGAUUUUUAACCCUUAUUUUAAGCUGAGCCUCAGUCGUGAUUCCCUGGACAGUGAGUGCUGAUGUCAGAACCCUGUAGCGCUGCUCUUGUUCGCGUCAGGGCUCCGUCAUAUCUUCGGUCUCUGGAGCACACGUUUGAGCUGGGUGUUCUCGGGUUCUCACUGUGAACACACUGCUGGGUCUCAGUCACAGUCUCCUCAGCUGUACCAGGUAGGGGGCACAGAGGGAAGAACAUGCAACUUGGGGAGCGUCCCCUCCCAGGACAUAGAAUCUCCCUGUGCAGGCACUGGGCCGGUGGCCACCCUGGGAAGCAUCAAGGGCUGUACAGGCAAGUGUCUCCCCCUCGCAGAGCAGCAGUUCCUACCUCCCAGACGGAGCGAGCAUCCACUCCUGGUUAUAAAGUCCCCCCAGGAACGUUACUGUGCUUCCGUCCAUGACUAGGGCGAGUCUUUACCCCGCCUCGUCCAUGCUGCGCAGAGCUGAUGAACUUACUGCACAUCCAGGCAAGCAGGGUCUCUGGUAUCCAGGCCCCUGCUGGCUGCCUGCUGGCCCUGGCAGAGCUGCUGCCACUCAGCGUAGCAGUGCCAGUGCUGUCAGGCAUGGAAGGGAGAGCAAACAGUAGCUCCCUUCUCAGCACUGCCCAGGACAGUGCCACUGACCCUUACCUGAUGCCCACUGGCCUUUGCUCCCCACUGGGAAGUGGUAAACUGGACUUCAGAGAAAGGGGAAACUGCUCAGGCUGGGAGCUGGGGCUGACAGGUCUGUGGGUGGGUGCAUGUGCAAGGUGGGAGUUGAGUGCCAGGCCUGCACCCAUAGACCCCAGGUGUCUUCAACACUGUAGUGCAGCAGCACUCCAGUCUCACUGGUAUUCGGCUCCCUCGAGCAGAGGCAGGAGCCAGCACUGUGAGCCUCUAAUGGGAUCCCACCCAAGCUGCAGUUGGACCAAGAUCCUGGUUUACAGUUACACAUUCUGCCUCUUCCAGAAAUGUUCGCUGGUCUUCAUUUAAAAUAAAUCUCAUCAAGAAACUGG